CAAGUCUGUCAAAAUAAUGUCAAAAAGCGUAAAUUUUGCCAUCUAAAAUUGUCUAAAAUAAUUAUUUUUCUCUGGUGCUUGAAGUUCGAACGAAAUCAACGGAAUUAAUAAUUUUCUUUUUUUUUUUAAGAACAGUAAAUUAGUUGUAAACUAAAUGUAAUUUAUAUUAUACAAAAAUUAUAACAAACUAUCCAUUAUGAUUGAAACAUGUUCCAAAAAAUGUAUGCUACUUGGUACAGUUUUAUUAGGAGCGUUGAGUCUUUUAGUUUUAAUACUAGAAUCACACCUAGCUGACACAAUAUCAAGCAGUCAUCGGAUGAAAAACAAGACAUUUCCAACAGAAAACAACUCGACGUGUUGGAAGUACCAGCCGUAUAAACUCAUCAGCGAAUGUCAUCCUUGCUCAGAUUUUGAAAUUAAAAGCAAGAGUAUAGGAGUAUGCAUUCACACAAGCUUUAAAGAGAUUUUAAGAUGUGAAAAUGGAGAAACAGUUACCAGAAGCUGUGAUAGAGUGGCAUAUUUAGAUGAAAGAGCAUAUUGGAAGUUCACAAUAUGGUCUUUUGUAAUUGGCCUGUCAUCUUCUCUUGCAGUCAUGCUAAGGCUUAGGGUUCUUAAUUAUAGAGCCAAAAGAAGAGCCAGACAAAUGCUUAGUAACGGAUCCAUAUAAUUUUCAAUAUUCAAUACAUGUAUAAAAUAUAUUACUAAGGAAUAGUAGACUGUAAAUUUGAUUACAAGUUUUUAUUGAAAUAAGUUGACUGCUUUGUGAUAAAAGCUAGUGGCAUACUUGUAAAAAAAGGUAUGAUUAAAAAAAGUAUUAUUUUUACCCAUAUUCCAAACUUUCAAAUACUGUAAUUUAAUAAAAUAUAAUAUUUAGCAAAAUAUAUUUGGAAUUAUUAGUCAGAA